UGUAAAGGGGCCAGACGCUGCUCGUGCCCACAGUUCCAUCAGAUUAUCGUGCUCCCAAAUCGUGUAACAGACCCAUUAUUGAAAGGAAGCGGGGUAGAAUUAAUACAAACAAAGGUCGUGGGUGAACUUCUACACAUAAUUUAAAUGUGGCAUUUUAUUCAAAGCAAAGAAAGGAUUUCAUCCCCCCACUCGCUUUUGUUACGGCAAGUACAGGUUGGAGCGGUUAAAGGCUUCAGUUUCUUGCCGCUGUGUGUGUGUGUGACUGUGAGCCGUCGCCAACUCGGUCCGGAGAGAGCGGAGCAAACUCCGGCUAGGGAAGGGAGAAUCACUACACGAUUGCAGGGUGCCAUCGCGUGUUCGGCGUAGUCGAGGAGCAGCGGUGAAUGGGGGAAGAAUGAGGAGACUCUGACGUGUGGGACGGAAGAGCGUUUCCCGCGGGACCCCCCCCCCCCCCCCCCCCCGCCAUCGCCCCCCUCCCCCGCCCAGCCGCUCCCAUGUUCUCUCCUGACCAGGAAAACAUCUGCACAGCCUCCACCAAAGCGCCGGUGAAGUACGGGGAGCUCAUCAUCCUGGGGUACAAUGGCUCCUUGCCCAACGGGGACCGGGGCCGGCGGAAGAGCCGCUUCGCGCUGUGCAGGAGGCCCAAGGCCAACGGGGUGAGGCCCAGCACCGUGCACGUGGCCUGCACCCCACAGGCUGCCAAGGCCAUCAGCAACAAGGACCAGCACAGUAUCUCGUACACGCUGUCUCGAGCACAGACCGUGGUGGUGGAGUACACACACGACAGCAACACAGACAUGUUCCAGAUCGGGCGGUCCACAGAGAGCCCCAUAGACCUGGUGGUGACGGACACGGUGCCCGGUAGCCAUGGUAACGGGGAGGGGGGGGCGGGGCAGAGCACCAUCUCCCGCUUCUCCUGCAGGGUGCUGUGUCAGCGCGGCCCCCCCCACACCGCCCGCAUCUACGCCGCCGGGUUCGACUGCUCCAAGAACAUCUUCCUGGGGGAGAAGGCGGCUAAGUGGCGGACGGCGGACGGGCAGAUGGACGGUUUGACCACCAACGGCGUGCUGGUGAUGCGCCCGCGGCACGGCUUCACGCAGGACUCCCGCCCCGGCGUGUGGAGGGAGAUCUCCGUGUGCGGCAACGUCUUCACCCUCAGGGAGACGCGCUCCGCCCAGCAGAGGGGCAAGAUGGUGGAGAACGAGUCUCAGGAGCUGGUGGACGGGUCUCUGAUCGACCUGUGCGGGGCGACCCUGCUGUGGCGCACGGCGGAGGGGCUGUCGCGCACGCCCACGCUGAAGCACCUGGAGGCGCUGCGGCAGGAGAUCAACGCGGCGCGGCCGCAGUGCCCCGUGGGCUUCAACACGCUGGCCUUCCCCAGCAUGCGCCGCAAGGACGUGGUGGACGACAAGCAGCCCUGGGUCUACCUGCGCUGCGGCCACGUGCACGGCUACCACAGCUGGGGCGGGGGCCGGGCGCCGGGGGAGCGGGAGCGGGAGCGGGAGCGGGAGCGGGAGCGGGAGUGUCCCAUGUGCCGGGCCCGCGGGCCCUACGUGCCCCUGUGGCUGGGCUGCGAGGCGGGCUUCUACCUGGACGCGGCGCCCCCCACGCACGCCUUCGCGCCCUGCGGGCACGUCUGCUCGGAGAAGACGGCGGCGUACUGGAGCCAGAUCCCCCUGCCGCACGGCACCCACACCUUCCACGCCGCCUGCCCCUUCUGCGCCCAGCAGCUGAACGGGGAGAGGGGCUACGUCAGACUCAUAUUCCAGGGGCCCGUGGACUAGAGUUAGGCCUCUUACCCGUGGACUAGACGUGGGCCUGUCUCCCCUGGACCAGAGUGGGCCUCUCGCCCGUGGACUAGGCCCCGCAGAACACAAAAUGUUCCCACAAUGUUAUUGGAAUCUUUUAUACGUUAUAAGCUGACGCUUUUCAUCCAAAGCAGCUCAGUUAGUUUGUCUAAGCAGGGGCCAACCCCACCUGGAGCAAUGUGGGGUUAAGGGCCUUCCUCAACGGCCCGACAGCAGCACUGAUCUUAUUGUGGCUAUGCUGGGGCUUGAACUCACCAACCUUCCGGGUCUCAGUCAUGCACCGUAGCCACUUGGCUACAGGCUGCCCCGUCGUAAUGUUAUAAUGUGUAAUAACAUUGGCACUACAUUGCAGCAGCAUUGUGGGAAUGUUUUGAGUAGCUGGGGCCUCUAUCCUGCCUCCUCAGCUGGGAUGUGGCUAACCUCACAAGCCGGCUUCCUUUCUAUAAAAACAAAAAACUUUUUUCGGUUUUCUUUUCUUCUCGUCUUUCAUAAGUGACCCUUUUUGUGAGUGAUGUUUUUUUAAUUUUACAAAGAAACAAAGAGGACUAUAUUUUCACCCUGAAGGACAGACGGAAGAGUCCGUUCACCCAAACACAGAGACAUUGCUGAAAAUGGAAGUAUUUUAUUUACUAAUGUAAACGAUUUGAGAUUUUAACAAUCUAUUAGUGAUGCAAUCUGGGUUUAUACAGCAUACAAAGCCGUUUGUUGUGUGUGCGUGUGUUUGUGUUUUUCCCCUUCGACAAACCUAACACAACCUGAACAGAGAAGAUUUCGUAUUUAUGCUACAUAAAUAAAGAUGCCACUCUGAAAUGCAAACUACAUUAGUUUAUAGGAAGCAUUUUACAUUCAGUUUUCUUAAUAGAUACUAUCAUAUAUAAUGUACUUAACUUGAACAUUCAUUUUUUAUUUUAUUACAGUAAACAAGGUAAUCUGUAUUUAAGAAUCCGUGAUUUAGGGGUGGGUGAAUGAUGGGAUUUCUCUCUUACAGGUUUUACUUUGCCUCUUGUGUUCAUGUGCAUCUUUCUCAGCUCAAAUUUAAGCUUUGUUUAAAAAAUUUUUUUUUUUUUUUUUUAAAGAUAUUUCAUUUUUGUCAUAUCGUGUGCUGAUGUUUGUAAUGAGAUAUGUAUUUAUAAUGAACAUCCCUCCAUGGCAUUAUUGCACUUGGAGCAGUGGGCUCCAGGGUUCGUUUGGAAAUUGGAAAGCCGCCAUUUCGUCCAUCUUCAUAGGCCCUGAAAUGUUCGCCCUUGCGCAAGAAAGCUGCCUCAGAUAGGCCGUCGUCACGUCAGGAGACACCUGUGCGACUGUCAACGACCAUUCGUUUAGUCUUAAAUUUGAAACAUACGCAAAAAAACUGAUUUUUAAUCAGUUAAAUAUUUAAAUAUUUAUUAAAGAAAAUAAAAAAACUCUGAAUUCUUUUAAUGUAUUUACCUACUAAAGUGUGAUCUUUGGUAUUCCAUUAAUUAUUUUCGAGCUCAUUUGCCGAAAUGCUACCCUCCUAUUGCAGGUGACAGAAUGCUCUAGAAUGCUAAACCUCUUCUUCUGUUUUUUUGUUUUACCCCAUCAUUGGUCAAAGCACAGAUCCCAGCCGUGUGAUUGGCUGUAUGCAGGCAUGUGCAUUGAAUAGCUCAGUAUCCUCAGUAUAAGACAGACAGCUCCAGCACACCGUGCUAACCUCAGGGAGAGGCUACAGCCUGGUCACUUCAGCAUACGUUCACCUCCCGACCGUUUUAGUGUCUUUAUUGGGAUCUGAGGAAUCCACAACUCCCAACUUCAUUAAAAAAAAUUUUUUUUUUUGGUUUUGUCUGAACUCAGUAUUAAACGUGUGUGAACUAAGCUAUGAAUCUGUUAAAUGAACAUCGUCUCCCUCGAUGUGUAAGGAAGACACCCUCUAUCUGUACUCGACUCGCAUGGUCUGUCCACAAACGCGUCACCUCCAGUGCGUCUGCUGAAGGUUAAUAUUGUUCAGAUUACCAGUUUUUGUACCGACUUUAAACAAUAAAAAGUUUCAAAAUGACAA